UGGGCUUGCGCACGGCACAGCACCGAGUGAAGCGAUUUGCACACGUUGUUAGUUAAUAUGGUAUAAAUGUGACGGCUUAUCGGCCAUUAUCAUUCGUUCACACUGGGAGCUCGAGCGUGAAAUAAGUGACCUGAAAAUUUAAAAAGUAAAAAGUAAAUAGACCCUAUAGACAAAAUGCCUUGCUGUAAAGUGACAAUAAAGAAGAAUCUAUGCAACAUGAAAUGUGAUAAAUUCGGUUGCAUUUGCAUUCCUACAGAUGGAAAAGAUACCGUUUAUCUUUGCCUCGAUGAUAAUAAUAAAAUCAUAAGAUGUGCUGAUGAAUGCGAUCGUUCUGGAAGUAAAUGUAUUUCUGUAGAAACUGAUGGAGCAACCUGUAUUUGCGUGUGCAAGACUGAUGAGGGAAUAACCAAAUGUGAUGAUUGUGCCUGUACUGAUGAUACCAAAAUGAAAUGUGAUAAGCAAGCUUGCGUAUGCUUCAAAACAGACGGAAAAGAUAAGCUUUUUGUCUGUGAAGAUGAUGAGAAUAAUAUAAUUUGUUGUGAUACAGAUGAAGGAAACUGCGUUUGUUUGCCAACUGAUGGUAAAUCUUGUAUUUGUGUUUGCAAAGAUGGAAAAGGGGGUUUCAAGAAAUGUGACGAUUGUUGUUGUACUACUGAAGAUGUUACAAAAGCUGAACUUAUAUGUGACAAAAAGGGAUGUGUGUGUAUUCAAAGUGAAGGAAAAUCUUGCGUUUUGAUCGGUGAAGAUGAGAAAGGUAACAUAGUCGCAUGUGAAACGGAAGAUGGUAAAAAUUGUAUCUGCAUUGAGACAUGUGGAGUUUCCUGUAUUUGUGUUUGUAAAGAUGGAAAAGGGGGUUACAAGAAAUGUGAUGAUUGUUGCUGUACUACUGAAGACGAUACAAAAGCUGAACUUAAAUGUGACAAGAAGGGAUGUGUAUGCAUAGAUACUAAAGGAAAAUCUUGCGUUUUGAUUUGUGAAGAUGCUAAAGGUAACAUAGUUGCUUGUGAUAAAAAUGAAGAUAGCAAAUGUAUCUGCAUUGGGACAGGUGGAGCUUCUUGCAUUUGCGUUUGCAAAGAUGAAAAAGGGGGUUUCAAGAAAUGUGACGAUUGUUGCUGUACUACUGAAGAUGUUACAAAAGCUGAACUUAAAGGUGACAAGAAGGGAUGUGUAUGCAUAGAUACUAAAGGAAAAUCUUGCGUUUUGAUUUGUGAAGAUGCUAAAGGUAACAUAGUUGCCUGUGAUAAAAAUGAAGAUAAUAAUUGUGUCUGCAUUGAGACAGGCGGAGCUCCUUGCAUUUGUGUUUGUAAAGAUGGAAAAGGGGGUUUCAAGAAAUGCGAAGAUUGUUGUUGCACUCAAAAUAAUUAGAUAUAUUGUCUAAUAAUAAUCAUGAAUAUAUUUUUGAUCUUCAAAGUUAAAUAUUGUAUUCCUAAU